UGAUGUCAAAGGCUACAAGAAGAGGAAAUCGAACCCUGGAAAAGAUAGGGAUCCAAGCCGUUCCGAGGGGAGCCGAGAACGAAAAUCAGGCAAAACGGUAUUGUUUUUCUGAGAAGCUUGGCUGAAGAUCAGAACUCGGGAAGCUAUGCCAUCUCCUUCAGCACCUAUUCGUGUUGGUGUUCCGCCACCCUAUGUAACAUCUCACGGAGCUAGAGUUGCAAGGCUACAUAUGUAUGACUGGAUUGUACUGGUUCUUCUAGCUGUGGUGGACGGAGUACUAAAUAAGAUAGAACCAUUCCAUCGAUUUGUUGGGUCAGACAUGAUGACAGAUCUCAGAUAUCCCAUGAAAGACAACACAGUGCCAUUUUGGGCGGUGCCGAUAUACGGUAUCAUUGGACCUAUGCUUAUCAUGACCGUAAUAUACUUCUGGAGGAGGAAUGUGUAUGAUCUGCAUCAUUCUAUACUAGGUCUUCUAUUUUCAAUGGCUAUAACUGCGGUUUUAACUGAUGCAAUUAAGGAUGGUGUUGGUCGACCACGUCCAGAUUUCUUUUGGCGCUGUUUUCCUGAUGGAGUACCUGCCUAUGACAACUUCACUACGGGCGUCCUAUGCCAUGGUAAAGCCAGUGAUAUGAAAGAAGGUCACAAGAGUUUUCCAAGUGGUCAUACUUCUUUGUCUUUUGCUGGCCUGGGGUUCUUGUCAUGGUACCUGGCUGGUAAAAUCAAAGUUUUUGAUCGAAGAGGCCAUGUUGCAAAGCUCUGCAUUCCUCUACUCCCUCUGCUUUCUGCAGCCUUAGUGGCUGUUUCUCGAGUAGACGACUAUCGGCAUCAUUGGCAAGAUGUUUGUACUGGUGGAAUUUUAGGCCUAUGGCCUCAUGCAUACAUCCGGCAUGUUCAUAACCUGGAAGGUGGACACACAAGUGUAACCCACAGCGAUGGAUCACCAAAACUCGGCGCUGAACGGAGUUCCUCCUGCGUCUUCUUCGUCAGGAAAGUCGCCGGAGCCGCCUCGUCGCGCGCCGCCGCCAUGGUGCUGGUGGACUUCGCCGCCACAACCGCCAUAUGCAGCGCCUUCGACACCUCGGUGGCCGUCGCCAGGUCUUCCGCCGGAACGAGCGCCACCGCUACGGCUUCCGCUGGUACGGAGGUCGCCGCCAUGGCCCUCGUCGUGGUCGCAGAGCAGGGGAUCCACGUUGAGGAGGAGGCCGAACCUGAGGUGCCCGAGGCGUCGUCGCGUGCUGCGUCGCCGGACCUGCUGUCUCCAACUCCGGCGCACGAACUCGCGACCGCCGAGCCCGCCCAGUCGAGGCUCGAUCCGCCUCUCCACGCGCCGGCAGCCGCGCGGGACGCCGUCCUCGACAACGACGCGGGAGGCUCCGCCGCUGCUGCACCGUCUCCGCCACGCCGUCUCCGCUUCAUCGUGCCUCGCGCCGUGCUCCAGGCGAGCCGCGCCAGCCGACGGUCGGGGGAGUUGAGCCCGGUGAGGCUCGGCCUCUCCAACGGCCACUCCAAUGGCGUGGCACCCGGGACGCACCUCCCAGGAGGGUCCUCGUCCGAGGAGGAGGACGGCGCACCACCGGCUGCGACCGCUCGCCGUUGA